GAACGCUUCGUCAUGCAAACGAAAGCUAAGCCGCAUGACGCUGCGGUGAUUCAGGACGAAGGAAUUUCCGACCACGAACCAGGUGGAUCGUGCCCAUAACGCAUCUUUGGAGAAAGUCAACUCCCUCAUUCGUCCACAGCGCACCACCUUCACGUUGGUAACUCAAGCCAAACCUCAACACACUCACCAUCGGAACACAAAGCACGUACCAAAACGUUCCACGCCUGCAUCAAGACAACUCAACUCCCAGCGCACGUGCCACCAACUGGAAAUGCUUUCACGAGUCCAGCUUCCCUCGCGGAACUCAACGCGGGCCGGCUGUGGCUCUCAAAGAAAGUAAACCAACCACAGACACUCACCGAAACCAAUGGAAGACGGGCAGUAUCGUAGGCCCGAGAGAAAUGGUGACUGCCGGUGCGGUGGUGUAAAAGGUGUAAAGAAAAGGCGCCGGCGAAGAUCGGACCAUGUUCGAGACGAAGUUCGCGUUCGCUCAGUAAGUGUUCAGUAUUCGGGCGGUUUGGUUUUGCGACGACGUCCGGGUCGGGUGCAGUUUGUCCCCAAAAUCGUACUAUUCGGCGUCACCGUUGGUAGUGGUUCUUGAAUGUUUGUUUUCGACACGCACAACGCGUUGGGAUGAAGAAACUGGUUAUCAGCGUGAUUGCUCAGUAUUAGCGGUUAGUUUACAAACGUGAGGAGAAACGAUCGCUCCCGUUCCCGAAAAGCAUACGUUUCUUCCUGAUUCCGGUGGAAUUGGCACACCAAGUUCGCACGCCCAGAAGCUGCACGCGGGACAGCCGUCAACGUUCGUAGCUGAUCGACAGGCAGAUCAGUCGGCAGUUGAUAGUGACGGUGGCAAGAUCAUUGACUUGAUUUGAUUGGGCGGCAAGAUUGUGAGUCCCUUAGGUGUUUUACCAAGAUCUCGACCAUCCUGUAUGAUCGUGAAGAGGUUAUCGAGCAACGUAAUUAGCAAUCCACAAUGCAGAAAAGAAUGUCUCACACGAUAACUCGAAGAUGGUCCACCACGACCUUUCUACUACUAAUGAUCACCCUAACGAUCACUGCCGAAGCCGCUAGUCUUUCGACGGAAGAACGUCACUCUGGAACUGAAAUCGCUGAGUCUCGGACAUUCGGGCGUAUCAGACGACUGCAGGCAAUGAUCGUUCCGGUGAUGUUUUUCCUGGGCGUGAUGAAGACACUGCUCGCCUUCCUGGUCGCGAUCAGCCUCAAGACACUGUUCGUCGGCGUGUCAAUUCUGAUGAUCAACAUUGGGCUGGCCAUGGCGAAGGUGAUCGCGUUCUUCAAAUCCAAACACACGUACGACCAGCACGGUGGAUACGGUGCCGGCUGGUCCGACAAGAACAUUCACGUGCACAUCCACAACGACGGUGGCCUCAUUCAGCACGGCAGUGUUCCGCUAGAGUACGAGCAUGCACCACCAUCGGCACUGCAUCACACUGCGCCGAGCGUUUUCCCGAGCUAUGGACCACCGACGGUUCUCAACAGCUACCACCGCUCGCGGGGUGACACUGUGGCGGAUCCAAUCUAUGUCCAAGCGGCGACGUCUACGGUCGAUAAGAACGAGCAGCUCUACCCGAAAGUUCUCAUCUCCGAUCGGGACAAGCUGGAUCAGAUCUAUGCACAGUGGCGUCAGCUGAAUCGAAAUGGACGAUAGGGUAAGGGGGUAAGCCGAGAAGGAGGCAACACUUACUCCUUCCAACCACACAAAUCUGCCACUCAUGGAUCUAGCGAUGCCAAAAAAUCCUACACCAACCCUGGGGCCGUCGACCUUACUGGCCCAUUUAUUGCACGUUACGAACGGGGUGCAAACGUAGGGCUAUUUUCUGUGUUUUAUCGAAACCAGCCCAGUGAAACUCGGCCCUACGCAUUUGCCUUCCUUCCAAACGCUCUGUACUAUAGUAUUUAAUUCCAUUGUUUUUUUUUUUUAAGUGCGGGAGAGCUGGUCUCAAUUAGCUCGAGGUACUGCUUACUUAGGAUCUGAUUAAACUUUAAGUUGAACGGGUGAGAUAGAAAGAUUUCAAGGCCAUCCUUACUCGAGCGAAACCAAGGGAAAUCAAGGGGAACAAAAUACAAGACACGUGCCGGGCUUUGCAUCAGCCAUCUUCUAAAACAAACCCAACGAAGCCGUGCUAACGCGUUCAAAGCGUUUUAGAGGUUGAAAAUAAUGUAAAAAAUCUAAUAAAAACACACAACGA